AUGACCUCCAUACUCAACGGCCAAGCGCCUAAAUCUCAGCAGGCAGCUCGACGCCGCAUCCAAUACCAUGAGGCCGACGUCGUGAUCGUCGGCGCUGGGAUUCUCGGCAGCGCGUUGGCUGUCACGCUGGGACGGCAGGGACGCAGUGUCAUUCUGCUCGAGGCCUCGAUGAAGGAGCCGGAUCGCAUUGUUGGCGAGCUACUCCAGCCCGGAGGGGUGAAGGCGCUGGAACAAUUGGGCCUGCGGGACUGUCUGGAUGAUAUCGACGCAAUUGACGUUGACAGCUACUAUAUCACCUACUUUGGUGAACCGGUCAAGCUGAUGUACCCCAAGGAGACUCCCUCCUCGCCCCGACCUGUGGGAAAAUCCUUCCACCAUGGCCGGUUCGUUAUGAAGCUACGCCAGGCCGCAUUGGCCUGCCCCAAUGUGACGGUGAUUGAGGCAAAGGUGACAGGCCUAGUGACCUCGUCGCAAGUACAGGGCCAAGUGCUUGGCGUCGAGUGCGUGACGCAGGAUCUGAAAGACUGCUACUUCGGCCAGCUCACCGUCGUCGCCGACGGCUACGCCUCGAAGUUCCGCAAGGCACAUCACCCGCAUACACCCAAGGUCCGCUCUAAGUUCUGGGGCCUCGAGCUGAUCGACGCGAAACUCCCCUCCCCAAAUUCUGGCCACGUCCUCCUCAGCGACAAACCUCCGGUCCUCAUUUACCAAAUCGGUACCCACGAGACCCGGAUUCUCGUUGACGUCCCAGAUAACCUCCCCUCGGCCUCAGUGAAGAAUGGUGGUGUCAAGAACCACCUGCGGAACGUCAUCCUUCCCUCCCUCCCUGAAGGAGUGCGGCCGUCGUUCGAGGCUGCGCUGGAUAAGGGCCAGCUACGGUCGAUGCCGAACUCCUUCCUGCCAGCAUCCACAAACAGGACCCCCGGCCUGAUGAUUUUAGGUGACGCACUGAACAUGCGGCACCCAUUGACUGGUGGUGGAAUGACCGUGGCUCUGAACGACGUCUGCUGCAUCCGCGAGUUGCUGAGCCCAGAGGCCGUGCCGAACCUGGGAGAUACCGCGCUCGUUCUCCAGCAGCUCUCGCGCUUCCACUGGAUACGCAAGAACUCCUCCUCUGUCAUCAAUAUUCUUGCACAGGCUCUUUACCAGCUAUUCGCCGCUAAUGAUACCCAUCUUCUCGCUCUCCAACGUGGCUGCUUCCGCUACUUCCAGAUCGGCCCCGUGGACGGGCCUGUCGGACUCCUCGCAGGCUUGAUCAAGCAACCCCUCAUUCUCUUCUCCCACUUCUUCACCGUCGCUUUCCUCUCCAUCUGGGUUCUUUUCCGGGAAACCCCGUGGACACAAUUAAUCCUGUUCCCAUACCGGUCCUUCAUGGUUUUCUGGACAGCAUGUAUUGUGAUCUUCCCGUUCAUCUUCGCCGAAAUCUGGAGCUGA